AUGUCGGCUGUGCUGACCUUUGAUGAUACGGACCCAGCGAUUUCUUACCUCGGAGACUGGGAACCUGCGGGCGGUCCAGACGAAUAUGAAUCUACCACGAUCUGGACCAACACUCCUGGAGCAAGCGCCCAGAUAACAUUCAUGGGAACUGGAAUAUCUGUCUUUGGGACAAUUACUCGUCAAGAUCUUUUCUCUGCGCCGAUCUCCCGUUACCAGCUAGACAAUGACUCGUCCAUGGCCGCGCAGUACAUUGGACAGCAGACAGUAGACGCGCAAUACCGUGUCCGAUUCUUCUCUGUCACCAGCCUAAAACCUGGGGUACAUACGCUCACCAUCACCAACGAAUCGGACAAAGGCCAGCUGUUUCUCGACUACUUUGAGGUGCGGGGCCUUGACUCGUCUGGGACCGGAAUUUUAUCGUCAAGACCGUCGGACACGCCGCUUCCCUCUUCCUUUAGCGACAGUGGUAACGAUAUGUUGGGAGCGAUCGUCGGAGGGACGUUAGGAGGGCUGGCGUUGGUGUGCUUGACUGUUGUAAUUCUCUUUGCAUUGAGAUGGAGGAGGAAACGAAGGAAAGACAUUGAGGAACCCGAGAGUCCGAAGGGCAUUGACCAGAUGAGAUCUGUCAACGAUGGGUCGGCGGCAUCAUCUAUCACGCCCUUUGUUAUCCCUAGUCAGAGCACAAACUCCCUUCCAAUCCCGACCUCCAACCUCUAUUCCGCACCACACACAGCCACAGGCAGCUAUCCUCAGCCAGCUCCGUCAAUCGUUGGUAGCUCCACGAGUGACUCUGGGAGCGACCUUUGGUCAAGCGUGAAGGGACCCAGGAUGAGCGUUGCCAAUCCUGGUUUCAUCCCGCCGGUGCCGUUUUCUGGCCUGUCUUCCUUACCCUCGCCACAACGUGGACAGGCUGACCCUCCGCCAACGUAUCAUACAUAG